AUGAAUACUCAUACUCCAAUCUCCAAUAUAACAAAAGAUUCUAAGAUCUUGUGUAUAAACUUUAAUCAAGAUCAAGGAUGUUUCGCUAUAGGUCAUGAGAAUGGAUUUCUUGUCUAUAAUACGAACCCUAUUGAUUUACGCGUGAAACGAAGCUUUACAUCUCAUCAUCAUAUUCAUCAUUAUAAUAAUGAAAAUAAUACUAAUACCAAUACUAAUACCAAUCCUAAUUCUCAAGAUAAUCAUCACCAUUAUUCCGAUCAUACCUCAUCAUCAAAUGGUUCUGGUAUUGGUCAUAUAACUAUGCUUCAUCGUACUAAUUAUUUAGCCUUAGUUGGAGGUGGUAAGAAUCCUAAGUUUUCUAAUAAUAGAUUAAUAAUAUGGGAUGAUUUAAAGAGAAAGAAUAGUUUAAGUUUAGAAUUCAUGAAUCCUGUAUUAAACGUAUUGUUAUCAAGAACAAGAAUAGUCAUAGUAUUAAGAAAUCAAGUAUUAGUAUAUGGAUUCUCAGCUCCUCCUAAAUUAUUUGCUACUUAUGAAACCAUCGAUAAUGAUCUUGGUUUAGCGGAUUUAUCGGUCAAUUCUACAUCAGUAAGUCCUCCUGUUGAACCAUCUUAUGAUGAUACUUACAAUAAUAAUAAUAAUAAUAAUAAUAAUAAUAAUAAUAAUGGUCCAUCGCUCACAUCAGGUGCUAGUAUUAUUUCCGGAACUACAUCUAUAUCAUCCAAUGGAUCUAAUAAAGAUCAUUCCAAUAGUAAAUAUCAAACCCUUGCAUUUCCAAGUCGAUCUAUAGGACAAAUUCAAGUUGUAGAUGUUAGUCCUCAAGGUCAAGAAAAGAAUCUUGUUAGUAUAAUUAAAGCUCAUAAAUCAAAAAUAAGAUAUUUAGCACUUAAUCGUUCAGGAACAUUAAUUGCUUCAGCAUCUGAAACUGGUACAAUAAUUCGAGUUCAUUCAACUCAUAAUACAGCAUUAUUAUAUGAAUUUAGAAGAGGGUUAGAUCGAGCCGUUAUAACUUCAAUUAAAUUUAGUCAUAAUGAUACUAAAUUAGCUGUAUUAUCAGAUAAAAACACCUUGCAUAUUUUCAAUCUUUCAAAUUUAUCUUCAUCUAUAGGUAUAGUACCUACAUCAUCUAAAUUAUCAACUACUUCAUCUACUAAUUCAACUAAUUCUCAAAUGUCCACUACUAGUAGUAUAAAUAAUCAUAAUAAUCAUAAUAAUAAUGGACAUUUAACAACAACAAGUACUACUACAACAAACAUUUACUCUAAUUAUAAAUCAGCUAAUGAUAAUAUUACUACUAAUUCAAAUAAUUCUUCUACUAAUAUUAAUAAUGAUUUACAACAUGUACCUUUGAAUAGACAUCAUGUAUUACAAAAUCUUCCAAUUCCAAUGCCUAAUUAUUUUAAAUCCACUUGGUCAUUUUGUUCUGUUAACACUAAUCAAUAUCAUAAUGAAUUUAAUAAUGAAAUUAAUAAUAAUGACAUUGGAGUAAUUGGUUGGUCAGGAAAUGAUACAGUUAUAAUUAUAUGGAAGAAUAAGAAAAUUUGGGAAAGGUAUAGCAUAACUGAAAAGGUUUCUAGUAGUAUAACAAAUCCUUUUGAAGAGAUUACAUCAGGACGAAGUCAAAAUAAGAAUCGUAAUUUAAGUACAAACACAACUACAGGUGGUACAGGUAGUUGGGAAAUAUCAAGAACUAGUUGGAAAUAUCUUGAUAGUUUGGAAGAUUAG